AUGGCAUCUGUUGAAGAGCUGCUCCUGAACUCACUGGAGAAACUGAAAGAAGAUCAUCUGAAGAAGUUUCAGUGGCACUUAAAGAACGAUCAUGAGUGUAUAUCAGAGUAUGAAAUGGAGAAUGCAGAUAGGUUAAAAACAGUGGAUAAGAUGGUUGACUGUUUUGGACCAGAAGAAGCUGUGAAGAACAUGGUCUGCAUCCUGAGAAAGAUUAAUCAGAAAAAACUGGCUGAACAGCUGAAGAACAAACACAAGAAAGCUCAGACUGAGAGCAAUACGAACACAUCUGUCCCUGUUGGAGCUGAUGCAGAGCUGCAAAACUUCUUUAAAACUCAGAAAACCAACAUGAAGAAGAAAGCAAAAUAUAUUUUUGAGGGCAACAAAGAAAAAGACACAGACCUCACGACUGUUUACACAGAACUGUUCAUCACAGAGGGAGAUAUGGAAGAUGUCAAUCAGGAACAUGAGAUUCUGAAGAUUGAUGAUGCUCUAAAGACUCAGAAAUCACAGGACAAAACAAUCAAAUGUGAAGACAUAUUUAAUGAACUGAAAAAAAAGAAUGAGGAGAAGAUUGUCCUGACCAAGGGAGUUGCUGGCAUUGGAAAAACAUUUUCUGUGCACAAAUUAAUCCUGGACUGGGCUGAAGGAAAAACCAGUCAGGAUAUAGACUGUGUGUUUCUGCUUCCAUUCAGAGAGAUCAACAUGAUUAAAAACAGAGAGAUCAGUUUCCAUGAGUUUCUGCUAAGGUUUUAUCCUGGAUUGAAGGACCUGGAGAAAUCACAGUUAUAUACAGAGUCUAAACUUGCAUUUAUAUUUGAUGGACUUGAUGAGAGUCGUCUGCCUCUGAAUUUUUACAGUAGGUCAUUGAACACUGUUGAUGAAAGAUCAUCUGUAGAUGUGCUGUUUACGAAUCUGGUCAAAGGGAAUCUGCUUCCAUCAGCUCUGGUCUGGGUGACCUCACGACCAGCAGCAGCCAGUCAGAUUCCUCCUGAAUAUGUAGGUUUGUUCACUGAGAUGCGAGGAUUCACUGACCAGCAGAAGGAGGAGUACUUCAGAAAGAGAAUCAGAGAUAAGACUAUGGCUGACAAAAUCAUCAAACACAUUAAGACGUCUCGUAGUCUCUACAUCAUGUGCCACAUUCCUGUGUUCUGCUGGAUCACAGCCACAGUACUUCAGCAUAUUCUCAUCCGGAGCAGUGAAGAGAAAAUUAGCACAACACUCACUGAAAUGUACAUCCACUUCCUGCUGAUACAGAUGAACAUGAAGAACCAGAAGUAUGAUGGAAAAAAACAAAGACAAUGUACAAAGCUCUUACAAUCAAAUAGAAAAACGAUUAUGAAAUUAGCCAAGCUAGCUUUUGAACAGCUGAAGCAAGAAAACAUUGUGUUUUAUGAGAAAGAUCUGAAAAAAUGUGGUAUAAAUAUGGGUAAAGACACUGAGUUCACUGGAAUGAUUGCUGAGAUCUUUAAGAAGGAAAAUGGACUUUAUGAGAGAAAGGUUUUCAGCUUUGUGCAUCUGAGUGUUCAAGAGUUUCUCGCUGCAGUGCAUGUGUUCAUCUGUUACCUGAACAAGAACAUGCGAGAGCUUCAGUUUUUCUUUAAAGAUUCACAAACUACAGUCAGACAAAAGCGUAAUUUCUUCUUUAGAAGUCAAAUAGUCAAAUUUCAUGAGUUAACAAAGAGUGCCACUGAUAAAGCAAUGCAGAGUAAGAGAGGACAUCUGGACCUGUUCCUGCGGUUUCUGAUGGGAAUUUCACUGGAGUCCAGUCAGAACCUGCUUGAAGGCCUGAUCACACAAACUAAAGACACCACAGAGAGCAUCAGACAAACAACUGAAUACAUUAAACAAUUACAAAACAAUAAUAUCACAGAUGAAGCUGCAGUCAACCUAUUCUACUGCUUACUUGAGCUCAAAGAUCAUUCAUUAUAUGAGGAAAUCCAGAGUUACAUCAGUUCAGAUAAACAUACAGGAAGAGAACUCUCAUCUUCAAUGUGCACAGUGCUGACCUAUGUACUGCUCAUGUCAGAGAAGGUUGUGGAUGAGUUCAGCCCAAAGACGUUCACGUCAUCACCAGCAGACUACAAGAGACUCAUUCCAGCUAUGAGAUGCUGCAGAAAAGCCCUGUUGUGUGGGUGUAAACUCACUGCUCCGUCCUGUGAGAGUUUGUCUUCAGCUCUACAGUUCUCAAACUGUGUCCUAAAGUGA